AGAUGACGCUGAACCUUAACUGGUAAAGUGUAAAGGAUAAGACUCUUCGAAAGUUGAUGGCAUCUGCUUCAGGAUUAGCUGCCUUUGUUGGCAAAGUCGGCAAAAGAAGAGACAUAUGGAAGGCAGUUCAAAUUUCAGUCACUAAAAUGACUUUCAAUGACUACCUCAAAAUGUAUUUCAACAAGCCUGAAACAUACUGGGCUGCAGAUCCAGAUAAAAAAGUUAAAGAAGGAGAUAUAGUACUUAUUAGAGAGUUGGAGGAACCACAGUCAGACGUUGUUCAACAUUAUGUUCAUGACAUUGUCUUCGAAUCGGGAAAUAUCAUCGAUCCUAUAACUGGGAGGAAAUGCAGAGGGACAAAAUUUGUUGAUGAGAGAUUUAGAAAUUUUCCAAAAUUUGAAUUAAAAAAUACUUUUGCAGAGGAGGAAAUAUCACCAAUUCCUCCUUAUGUCAAAAAAUAGUUAAUACAUUGUAAAUAUUAGUUUUAAAUGCAAAGAUUUUUACUGCAAUUGUAAUUUAAUUUGUCUUUUAAGUUUUCUGCAGCAAUAAAUUAGUUUUUUGUUACUUAAUGCCGUUAAA